AUGAAGGGGUUGGAUGAUGGGCAAUCAAAAGUUGAGAAAUCUAGAAAAGUUCAGUCGAAGGCCAAGCCUUUGGUUCUUAAGAGUCAAAUAGCGACUAAAGUGGUAUUACCACCUAAGGUCGAUGAGACAAAAGAGAAUGCCCAUGAAAUGGUCGAGGAUGUCAGGGAUAAACCCCAUACGAGAGAAGACAAGCCAAAGGUGGAAGAUACGGAAGAGGACCAAGUUAUGGUUGAUGCUCAAAUACUCGAGGCGAAAGAAAAGGCUGAGCACACCUUGGCCAACGAUGAAGAGCUUUAUAGGGAAGAUGAAGAGUGUGGUGAUGACGAGUAUUUCGAAGAACUUACAGAAGAAGUUUUAGAGCAACUAGUUAAUGAACGUAAGGAAGAGAUGGCUGAGCUAGAUAGUGAAUUGAAGCCAGGUCAAUCAAACUCCAUGGAUGAGGAUGUUUUCGAUGAAGUCGAAUCCAUGGUUCACAUAGGAGAACCAAAGGAAAUCAAGGUGACUCGAGAACUCCUGAAGGCGGAGGUAGCUUAG